AUGGCAGACUUAAUAGAGGGUUUGUUGAAGAUCUGCUGCAAUGAAAGCUUAUGUAAGUGCCUAUCAACUGAUUGCUGCUCAAUUUGCCAAUCUAUGCCAUGCGAUAUAUUUUCCAAUAUUGGCUCCUGCUGCUGUAAAAUGUGUGAAUGCUGCUUACUCCUAUCUUUAGCGAGCAAAACCAUUGAAAAAUACCAAUUUUUGAAGAUUAACUUUUUAUUAGGUUUAUUAUAAUAUAUUGUUAUAUAUAUAUGCAAUGAAUGUUAUAAUGAUAUAACAAUUAAUUAUUAAAUUUUAUAUAACUUCCAUUCAAAAUAUAAGUUUCCAUUUUUUCUUUCAAAAAAGGCUUUUUUAUCGCUCACAGAAGGGAGUUAGCAUCUAGUGCAAUUGGUAACAUAAGUGGGGAUUGUAAAUGCAAGUGUAGAUUUCCAAAAUGUUCAGACUGCGAUCAAAUACUCUUUGCCCACUGCGUGCAAAAGGUAAUUCACAAUACUGCAGGUGUUUCAAUAUGAUGUGAUUAUUGAUGCAAUGGGAUUUCACGUGGUAUUAAAAGAUGUUGUGAUUGCCUCAAUAUAUUUACUUGCUUUGGAAUUCCUAUCAACGAUAAUGUUUAUUAUAAUAGUUACGGCAAUAACUACAACAACAACUACAACAACAACAUUGUCGUCAUUAAUGAGAUGGGUAAUUCAGAAGGUCAGAAGAAUUCAAAUCAAGUAACCAAAAAAGCAGACUCUACGCCUGCUGCUACUGCAAAUCCAGAAUAUUCUCAUACUGCGAAUCCAGAAUAUUCUCAAAUUGAAAUCCAAAACAAUAGCCAAGCAGAAGAAGAAGGAAAUGGAAAAGAAAAUGAAGAAAUGCAAGGGCAAGCUCCUAUGAUUGAAGCUGACGAAUUUUAACUUGGACUAUAUAGUGCCAAUAUGACAGCAGAGAACUAUGUAUUAAAGUUUCCUUUUAUUCCCUAACUUGUGACGUCACCUUCUUGACUGCAUUUACCUCUCACUUUUCUUGAUUCCUGCGAGUGUGCCUAAGAGUCGCUCGCUCCAUCAUGAGUUUAAUUGUAAAAAUCUUUGCCUCCUAAAAAAUAAAGGAUGAUAUCCUGAGGCUGCGCCCUCCUAUAAUUGCUUUCCUGAUAUAUAGCGUCUUUCUUAAGAUGGCGCAUUGCGCGCCAUCUUAAGAAAGGCGCUAUAGCUGGGUAAUUUUCGCCAAUCCCAUAAUAAUAAAAAAUUAUAGAUUGAUAGUUCUGGAGAAAGCUUACUAUAGUGACACCAUUUUAUUAUUAAUAAGCUGGCGAAUCAAUUUCUGCAAUAAAUGUCGAAAUUGAAUCGGAUUAA